CGUAGCGGGAGGGGAACGGCCGCAGCAGGAUCCCUUCUGCCCUCCGCCUCUUCGUGCCGUCCUGCCCCGGGACGGCUCUUAGCCGGCAUCGCCUUGGGAGCGUAGGCAGCGGGCGGCGGCGGCUGUCCCGGAGUUGGGGACUGCUCAGCGGGCGUUUGGGCUUAUGGCCACUGGGAAAAAGCCUGCACGGGUCCCUGAGGACCCCCUUUCCGGUGCUGCUUAAGGCCAUGCUAAGUCCGUGCUGGGGACUGCGAGCACGGGUUAGAGGUUCUUCAGAGGUCCUGAGGCGUUGCCUUUGAUGUCUGAUGGCGGCCUGAGCGGCUGUGUCUGCCUGCCUUUCGCAUAUGUGUGCAUAAACCUACAAGUAGGCGAGUUCCUUCUUUGUUUGUUUUACUUUGAAGACGGUCCUUUUAUAGCACGCAAGACUGAGGGCACUUAGGGGACUGCACUAGGACAUGAUGCCUGAAUAACAAAUGCUGUUCUUUAUGUGUAAUUCAUAACGCCAAGUAAAAACAGAAACCAAAUUUCAGAAGAAUGCGUUUGUCCUUUCAGCCUUUAUGUCUCCCUGGACGGUUGGCAAAGUGAUUUUUUUUUUUUUUCUGGUGAAAUAUAUGCCUUAGAACCGAGGUGUUUAAUAAGGCUAAACUCUUUAAAAAAAAAAAAAAAACAGAACGGAAAACAAAAAACUGAAUAUUGCACCCCUAAAAAUGCAAGCAAAGCCUCCUGAAAUUCUUGAUAAGUUGUCCUAUUCUUUUGCUUUUGUUGCUCAUUCUUUAAGAUAAGUGGUCAAGAUAAAACCAAUUGUGCGAUUUAAGGAUUCUCCAAAAAAAAAAAAAAACCCACCCACCCACCUACCAAACCUCAAAGCUGAUGUUUUGCAUGCUGAGGGGAAAUGCUCCCUUUUCUUGUAACAUUUUAAUUAUGAUUCCUCUCACAAUAGAGUAUACUCGUUUGUGCACAACUUUUUUUUGUGUGUUGAUUAAUAAAUAACUGCCUUAUUACAUUCUGAUGUCAUAUUAGAGGGCUUCUUGUCCAUUGUCAGAGGAAACUUUAAAAUGGAGAUUUGGAAGACAAGAUUCUACUGGCUAAAUAAAAAUAAAUGUCUGUAAGCAAGAUCUUGAAGUGCAAGGUAACGUCGUUUUGACUUUGGUUUUAGAAUAGACUGACCUCCCCUUAUUUUGGAGGUGUUUUAAGAUUAUUUUUUAGUUUAAUGUGGGAGAAACUGUGCAAGUAAAUGACUUCUGCAGGACACUGACCUACUCCAGAUUUAUCCAUGUUCCUUUCGAUUAAUGUUGAUACCCUCUUUUAUUAGUACAGUUUUUGUCAAUUAAGAAUAUAAGUGUUUGCAAGGAUCUGGGAUUUAAUUGAUAUUAGAAUUGAUAAUUAAUUAAUUAAUUUGAUGACCAAAAUAUAUUAAGGCAUCCCUGAAACAGAAACUGGCUCUUAUACUUUGAAUAGCCAUUCUAAACCAGGAUAAGAUUCAGUUUUCUGAUGUGAUCUGACACUUGCUUUCUCCUGUGCAGACUGUUUUUUAUUAAAAUACUGAACACUCAUUAAAAAAGACAAAAAAUACUGCUGGAAUAAUAUCCCUGAUAUUUCAUAUAUUUGGAUCUUUUCUGCGUACAAAAAUAUUUUAAUCAUGAGCUGUGGAAAUCAGUUUGUGGAAACUCUUAAGAAAAUUGGGUAUCCAAAAGCUGAGGAGCUUAAUGGAGAAGAUUUUGACUGGCUGUUUGAGUCUGUGGAAGAUAAAUCGUUUCUGGAGUGGUUUUGUGGAAAUGUAAAUGAGCAGCAUGUGGUAUCUGAAAAAGAACUGCAGGAUUUUAAUAAUCUUAUUGAAUCAGGAAAGCCCAUUUUGGAAGGAAGUGCACUGGAUGAAGUCCUUAAAACCUGUAAGUCUUUGGAUUCGAAGAACAAUAGUCAGGGGGAGGAAGAAGAAGAGGAAGAACUUAAGAAAUUAGAGAAUGAAUUUCAAACCCUUCAGAAGAUGAAAAAUCUUAACGUUCAUCGAUGUAAUAAGCUUCAAAUGAUGUCUUCCACAAACAGCCAGAUGUUACAGGCAUUAAAGGGCAAAGAGGAGGAGGCACUUAAAGCUGUGAAAGAAGGCCUGGGAGUGCUUACUGCAGAAAAUAAUAAGCUUAAUAAUGAACUGCUGUCCCUUAUUGAUGGAGUUAAGAAACUGGCCUCUUUCUUCACUGCUUCAGAUUCAGAACAAGGAUUAGGUCCACAUCCAGUGUUUUUUUCCCAGCUUUCUUUGGACAAGUAUUUGUCUCAGGAAGAACAAAGCACUGCAGCCCUUACUUCAUACACAAAAAAACAUUUUUUUCAAGGUAUGUCUGAAUUAGUUGAAAGUUCACAUGAAGAAAACUUUCAGCUUGGCGAUAUAAGCAAACAAGUGACUUGUGAUGAAACUAAUGAAGUUUGUGAAGAAAGUCAUGAGAUGGCUAGGCUGCAAACAGCAUAUAUUUGUGCUCAGCAUCAGCUGAUUCAAAUGAAAGCUAAAGAAGAGAGUAUGAAUUCAGCUAUACAAUGUGCAGAGAACAUGCUGCAUUCCUUAAAGACCAAGGGAAUUGAAAAACAAAACCUCGAGACAAGAAUAUCUAGUUUAAAUGAUGAAAUUUCAACAAUUAAAAAACAUAUUGCUCAGAUAAACAAUGAAGAUCUGCCUUCCCUUUUGAAAGAGAAUGCUCGACUGUUAAAUGUGCCCGUGGUGAAAGGAGACUUUGAUCGUCAGAUUGCUCGGCAGGACUACUACGCUUCAAGACAAGAUGAAAUAUGCCACCAUUUGAUAAGACAGAAAGCAUCAUUUGAACUUAUUGAGCUAGCUUAUGAAAUUGAAUUGAGGAAACAUAAAGACAUCCGUUGUCAACUUGAAAAUUUGGUAGAGUAUCUGAAACGGAGCAGCAAUGAGUUGGAACAGAGACUGCAGAUAAUGUCUGAGCUAGCUCAACGUGCAAGGCCAAGGAACACUAUUGAUUCAAAGGAUGAUUUUUCUCGUGGACUAUACCAGCUUCUGGAAGGAGAAAAUAAGAAACAACAGUUGUUUAAAACAUACGAAAGCCUUGAGCAGAUGGCUCAGAAGUUAAAGCAGGACUGUGCUACAGUACAAGAUCAGCUAGCAGCGUCUUCCCAAGAACAGUCUCUCUUUUUGUCCAAGUUAGACAGUGAUAUAGAUACCCUUUGUGAUACUCUGUAUUGUGGAGGAAAUCAAAUAUUACUUAGUAGUCAGGAACUUACUGAGCAGUUUCAUCAAAUGGACGUUCACUUAAAUGAAUUAAAUCAGCUCAUUAUGGAUCUUCUUGCUGAUGUAAAGGCAAAGAGAAACUUUUUAGAAUCUAAUAAGCUGCAUCAGAUGGAAAGAAACUUGUAUGUGUAUUUUUUCAAAGAUGAAGACCACUUGAAAGAGAUGGUGGAGAAGCUUGAGCAGCAGUCUAAGGCUAAAACCAGUGAUGUAGAAGAUGAAAGUCUUGCUGCCAGUGAAGUUCUUGAUAUUUAAACUCCAGCGUAGUGUUAAGAUAUGAAAACAUGUUGAUGUUAACCGUCUUCAAGUUACGGAAAAAUAAGUAUUAGCUUAUCAAAGCUAACAUAUAUCCAUCAUUGCAACGUAUGUUUAGCUGCUGCAGUUAUCAAGUUUGGAUUAUAUGCUGCUUUAUGGCUUUUGGCAUCUGCUUGUUCACGUUUCCAUUUUGACAAAGUUUUCUUUGGUAUGAAAAAAUACACUGGGUACUUAAUGAAUUACAUAACAGACUGCUCUUCUGCUAGCCUGUAUGUUGAUUACCAUUAUGUACAGCAGGGCGCAAAACAAGGUUUCAUGCCCUUGAGAUACGUCUUUGUGCAUGCUAAGGGCCUUUUCGUAUACACUCUGAAAAGUAAAUGUGGAGAAGGCGUUCUGGAUUUUUGAACGUGAAUGUACUGUGCGUCUUUCAAAGAAGAAAGUUCUCCAAGGCAAACAUUUUGUGAUUGCUUCCCUUAAAGUUCGUCUAAGACGACAGGUUUUUUGGUUGUUUUGUUUUCAUCUAGAAAUGUGUCGGAAUGUGUACCAGAAUCUGUUUUAUGUACCAGGACCAUCUGUUUUAAGACUGUUUUUAAGAUUGUUCUUAUAUCUUCUUCUUUAACUUAUGAUCUGUGUUCUCUGCUGAAACCAGUCCGUACUCCUACCAGAUUCUUCAAAGAAAAAGAAAUUUGAAUUUCCUUUUUGGACUUAGGGCCUUUUGAGGAUCUUUUGUUGCAGCAAAUUUGGAAUGUGCUCUGUAGUUUAUAAUGAUGUGCUUUUAAAUGUUAGAAUCUCAGCGCUUUUGGACUUCUGCUUUCACUGGCGCUAGACUGUCUAUCAAACUCUUGUAUCCCAAUACAGCAAUGGGAUUAAAUGUACUUUUGUAGUAUGAUAAUUUUCAAUCUUUUGUACGUUGGGAUCAGCUGUGUUUGGUUUCAAACGUUAGACAUGGAUAACUGGCAGUAAAUUAGUAUUAGCUUUAUCUUCAGUAACACUAACUUUCUAUUUUGACUGCAGACUUUUAACUUUUAUAUAACUUAUUUUUAAAUAAUGCAUUUCUUUAACUUACUGCUUGGAUUUUGUGAUG